AUGGCCUCCUUCAACCGAGAACGCGUCGAACACGCGUUGAACGAGCUGAUUGUGCGCAUUGUGCCCGAAGACGUCGACGAUGACGAGGAAAUUGCGAAUCAGCGCUUCGACGAGGCUUUUGGAUACGCUAUAGACACGCUCAGCGCGGCGGGGGACCCUCCACUCGUCCCAGACACCGACCACAUUGCCGACUUGAUAGACAGCAGGAUAUCCAGCAACGGUGACGCGCAGAGCCGAGCACGCUUCCACAACCUCUUGCAACGCCUCAUAUCACAGCCCGUUUUGGAUCAGAAAUGGCGCAUGCUGUACUUCCUCCACGAACUCUCCGACCUCCCUCUGCCGCAAGAGCAGCCCCGUACGCGUGACUCGCGCAGCCGCUCUCAUGAACCCACGACACCCUCCAAGAAGCACUCCAAUGCGCCGGCCGUCACCAGUCCCGCCUUCAGAGAGGCCUUUGCGCGGCCAGGCUUGACGACGCUGCCCGUCAAUACUGGCUCACCAAAGGCAAGCACGCGGCAAGCCCCGCCUCCCGUGCUUGAGAAGCCAGAAAGGAAAAAGGAACGGCGGCCCCAGUCUGCCACCAAGGAACAACAACAGGCCGACGCCGGGCAUGUCGAACGGCCCGAGACAGGUCCAUCAGAGCCGGCUCUACUGCGCGACCUGCCCUUCACUCUCCAGGGACUGUCCUCUACAAACCUCAUAUUCCCUUCACCGACUGCGCUCAAUCUCCCUCCCAGUCUCCCCGUACCCAUCAUCAGUCUCUUACACACCCUGGCUGAGCCCGCAAUACUGUACCGGGGACUAGCAGAGUUCGUGGAGUCGGCCGAUGGCGGUCUCAUAGGGCAAAGCUUUCGCUCUGCGUUGGCGAAAGAGCUGAGGGCAUACCUGGGCCUGGUCGCGACAUUGGAGGGUCAGAUACGGAGAGCCCUCACACAACUGAGCGAAGGACCCGCGCAUCAGGGCGUCAGCAAGGCCGGUGUCACACUGAAGCGAUGCAUGAUCUGGAUCCGAGAGCCUACAAUGGGGCUUCGACUGAUGAGCCUGAUGGUGGAGGAAUCGAAGACGAAAAAGGGCGGCGAGCUAAUCGCGCUGAUACACUCCUUCUCCCUGAACCACGGCGACCCGUAUGUCAUGGCCUUUGCUGAGCGCCUACUGUCUGAUGUCACGCGACCUUUUUAUGACAUGCUUCGGCAGUGGGUGUAUGACGGCGAGCUCUCAGAUCCCUAUGGCGAGUUCUUCGUCUCCGAGCAGAGUGAAGACGAGAUUCUGGAGGCGAAUGGCACCGAAGGCAAAGGAGGCGCAACCAGCGUGUGGGAAGACAAGUACCGGCUGAAUGACAAGAUGGUGCCCACCAUUGUGACUGAAGACUUCGCGAAAAAGGUCUUCCUGAUCGGCAAGACGUUGAACUUCAUCCGUUAUGGUUGCGGUGAUGCUGCAUGGGUGGACACCUACUCGAAGGAAGCAUCGAAAGAGCUGCGCUAUGGCGACACAGCGAAUCUGGAGCGCUCCAUUGGCGAUGCAUACAAGACAACCAUGGCGCGCCUGAUCGAUCUCAUGGCCAACAAGUUUAAGCUUUUCGACCACUUGCAGGCGCUGAAGCAGUACAUGUUGCUUGGUGCAGGUGACUUUAUCGCUGUGCUCAUGGAGUCCCUAUCUUCGAACCUCGACCGACCAGCAAAUACACAAUACCGCCACACCUUGACAGCUCAACUCGAGCAUGCGGUGCGCAACUCGAAUGCGCAGUUUGACACUUCGGAUGUUCUGCGGCGACUCGACUCUCGCAUGUUGGAAUUGUCACACGGCGAGAUUGGCUGGGACGUCUUCACUCUCGAGUACAAGAUCGAUGCGCCCGUCGACGUCAUUGUCACACCCUUUGGCUCCAAGCAGUAUCUCAAAGUAUUCAACUUCCUCUGGCGCGUAAAGCGAGUCGAAUUCGCUCUCGGCUCAACAUGGCGACGAUGCACGACUGGCGCCCGUGGUGUUCUGGGCACCGUCUCGGAUAAAGUUGGCACUGAUUGGAAGAAAGCGCGCUGUGCCAUGGCCGAAAUGGUACACUUUGUCAGCCAACUCCAGCACUACAUUCUCUUCGAAGUCAUUGAAUCAUCCUGGAUCGACUUGCAAAAAGCGCUCAACAAGCCGGAAAGCACCCUUGACGACAUGAUCGAAGCGCACGCAAAAUACCUCAACAACAUCACGCGCAAAGGUCUGCUCGGCAGCUCGAGUAUCGAUUUCACCGGCCAACUGCACGAGCUGCUUAAGACUAUGCUGUCAUACAAAGACGCCGUCGAUGGCUUGUACUCCUUCUCCGUUGCGGAGUUCACCCGCCGUCAAGAGCGCGUUGCAAAGAUUGAGACACGUACCGCCGCUGGCCGCUGGGGUCUGUCCGAACGCGACGCCGCCGUUUCUUCGCCCGACCCUUUCUCCCACUCACGCGCUCCAUCACGCAACCAAGAUCCCGACUCGCCCUUCCCACCACCCCUGCUCAAAAUCGGUAAUGGAUCCAGCGAAGACGACGUCCUGCCCGCUCUGCAGAAGCGUCUGGGCAAUCUAGUCGAAGACUUUAGGCAUAGGAUCAGUAUCUUGCUUGGUGAUCUCGUGCAUUCUCCAGACGGAGAGUUGAAGAUGCUGGCUGUCAAUAUCAAUUUCAACGAUGUGUACAAGCCGGAACGAAGGAGGAGAAAGGGCGAGAAGAAGAAGGAUGGCGUCAAGGAGACGCCAAAGACGGUGGCAGGGACGCCGGCUGCGGCGUAG